CAAGGUAGGGGGCGGGGCCUCGAGGUGGGCGUCAUCCGAGCGCGCCAUGGCGGAAACUGUGGCGGCUUCUUCGGCCUCGUUCUCCUCAGAGCUUCGCCGCGAAGGGAACGAGCUCUUCCAGGCCGGGCGCUACGAGGAGGCCUUGGCCGUCUACGCGCGCGCCCUCGGCCUGUGCGCCCCGGAGGAACGCGCCGAGAAGGGCCUACUCCACCGGAACCGCGCGGCCUGCGCGCUCAAGCUGGAGGACUAUGCCCAAGCGGAGCGGGAUGCCUCCGAAGCCCUCAAAGUGGAUGGGGGGGAUGUCAAGAGCCUCUUCCGCCGCAGCCAGGCCCUGCAGCAGCUGGGACGCCCGGAGCAGGCCAUUCUGGACCUGCAGCGCUGCAUCAGCCUGGAGCCCCGGAACAAGGCCUUCCAGGAGGCCCUGCGCAACCUCGGCAGCAGCAUGCAAGAGAAGAUGAGAAACAUGUCCUGCACCGACUCCAAAGUGGAACAGAUGUUCAAGUUGCUGCUUGACAACGAAGAGAAGGAUCUGGACAAGAAACAAAAGGCAGCUCAGAACCUCAUCGUUUUGGCACGUGAGGAGGCCGGGGCAGAGAAGAUUUUCCAGAAUGAUGGCGUGCGCCUGUUGCUGCAGCUCUUGGACACAGGCCGGCUGGACAUGAUGCUGGCAGCCCUCCGCACCCUCACUGGUCUUUGCCAGGGGCACCGCUCCCGGACAAUGGCAAUCCUGACUGAGCUGGGGCCUGAGCGCCUCCUUGCAGUUCUGGAGAUGGAGGCUGAGCAGGUCUGCUUGGCUACUUACAACCUGCUGCAGGUUGUGUUUGAUGCCCUUAAGGAGGGUCUGCAGAAGGAGGAGCUGAGCAAGAAGGACAACGCCUUGGUGCCGGAUACAGCCAAAGAACUGAAAUUGCUGCUCCGGCGGCUUCUGGAGGCUCUGACCAGGGAGAAAAUCUCUGGCUAUGGCCGGGACAGCCUCCUCAACUUGCUGAUCAACAAGGUGCCCCGGAAGUCCCCACAGGACCCCAACAACUGCCUGACUCUCUGGGUCAUUGACCAGGGUCUCAAAGACAUCCUUGAAGUGGGGGGCACUGUCAGUCAGAGUCCCGAGGGGCUACAGGUGACUGAGAACACCCACAUGACCGUCGCCGUCCUCCUCAACAAGCUCUACGGAGACCUGAAGUGUGAUGCGGAGAGGGAGAACUUCCACCGGCUCUGUGAGGAUUAUGUCAGGGGCUGGUUCCAGGACCACGGGGUUCCGGGGCAGCUUAGGGCCAUCCAGACGGUGUCCUGCCUCCUGCAAGGUCCAGCCGAGGCCGGGAACCGGGUUCUGGAGCUGAGCGGCGUCAUGGAAGGCAUGUUGGCCUUGUGUGCCUCCUCAAAGGAGGUGGAGCAGCUGGUGGCGGUGGAGGCCCUGAUCCAUGCGGCAGACAAGGCCAAGCGUGCCACCUUCAUCACCACCAAUGGUGUGACACUUCUCAAGGAGAUCUACAAGCACAGCCCGCGAGACACCAUCCGGAUCCGUGCCUUGGUGGGCCUCUGUAAGCUGGGCUCAGCGGGAGGCACAGACUUCAGCAUGAAGCAGUUUGCUGAGGGCUCCACCCUGAAGCUGGCCCGUCAGUGCCGCAAGUGGCUCUGCAAGGAGGCCAUGGACCGCGGCACGCGACACUGGGCUGUAGAGGGUCUGGCCUUCCUCACCUUGGAUGCCGAUGUCAAAGAGGAGCUGCUGGAGGACAAGGCGGCACUGCAGGCGCUCUUCCACCUGGCCAGGUCAGAAAACCAGAGCUCCCUCUUUGCUGUGGCCUCCACGCUGGUGAACUGUACCAACAGCUAUGACCAUGAAGAGCCGGACCCUCAGAUGGUGGAGCUGGCCAAGUAUGCCAAGCAGCACAUCCCUGAGAAGCACCCGAAGGACAAGCCAGAGUUUGUGCACCGGCGUGUGAAGAAGUUGCUUGGUGCUGGCAUGGUGUCAGCCCUCACUUGUAUGAUGAAGAAGGAGACCGCAGCCCUGAGCCCCGCCUGCCGAGAGCUCAUCUCCAGAGUGUUCCUGGCCGCUGUGGAAGAUCCGGAGGACCGGGGUGCCGUGGUGGCUGCUGGAGGAGGAAAGGCUCUCAUCCCUUUGGCCUUGGAGGGCACUGACGCUGGGCAGACCAAGGCGGCCCAAGCCUUGGCCAAGAUCGCCAUCACCACCGCCCCAGAGAUGGCCUUCCCGGGAGAGCGGGUGUACGAGGUGGUCCGGCCCCUGGUGAGCCUCCUGCACCUGAACCGCAGUGGCCUGCAGAACUUUGAGGGGCUGAUGGCUCUCACGAACCUGGCCGGGACCAGUGAGCGGCUGAGGCAGAAGAUCAUAAAGGAGAAGGCAGUGCCCAUGGUCGAGGGCUACAUGUUCGAGGAGCAUGACAUGAUCCGGGUGGCGGCCGUGGAGUGCAUGUGCAACCUGGCCCUGAGUCCCGAGGUGGGCGAGCUGUUCCUGGCCGAAGGCAGUGACCGGCUGAAGCUGAUGGUUCUCUACAGCGGAGAGGAGGAUGACCGGCUCCGGCAGGCCGCUUCGGGGACGUUGGCCGUCUUGACGUCGCUGAUGCCGGAGAUCUGCACCCGCAUCCCUCAAGUGACGGAGGCUUGGCUGGAGAUCCUGCAGGCGCUCCUGCUCAGCCCCAACAGUGCCCUCCAGCACCGGGGCUCAGUGGUGGCCAGGAACAUGGUGGCGGCGGACAAGGAACUGGCAGCAAAGCUGAUGGAGACAGAGACGAUGGAGAUCCUGUCGGCCCUCUGCGGCCUGAAGGAUCAGCCCCAGGUGGCUCAGGCGGCCCAGGAGUGCCUGGCGCAGGCCGUGGGCCUUGGGUUGAUCAAGCCGGGCACCAGCGCCGGGGAAUGAGAGAGGUCAUGGGACUGUGGGGCACAAACGCUGUGGGGCGGGGGCUUUUUGCACACCUGGCAGUGGGGAAUGGGGAGGGGCACACUUCCUGGUCUAGCACUGGCCAUGCCCUUUGCCUCCUUACCUCCUUCGCUCCCUCCUCGCCUGCACUUUGGGACCAUUGUGUUGGGGCUCAGUGAGUCCCUAGUAUGUUUUUCCUUCCAAUUAGACACAGGGGCUCAAACUACAGCUUUAUUUCUGAUCAGAGCAAAACGUGAGGGUGACCAGCAAAAGAAAGAAAUUCUGCCACCCAAUCCGAGGUGCAGCUCAGUCCUUUUUAUAGUCCAAAGCAAAAACAUGCGCACAGAGUUUUGUUAUUCUUAUUUAAAAUCUGUCCUUUUUGUCCUUCUCUCUGGUGCCUUUUAUCUAAGCCAUUCCUCACAACAUUCCCCCUCCUUUAUUAUUAUUACUAUUUAUUCAUUUCUAUCCCAUGGGUAGGAUUCAAAGCGGUGUACAAAAGUGUACAAAACACAAGAUACAUUUUAUGUAUAAAUCAUUACAUAAAAGACAUAAUCAACUAAAAAAGAUAUGUUGUCGAAGGCUUUCAUGGCCGGAAUCAUAGGAUUGUUGUGUGUUUUCCAGGCUGUAUGACUAUGUUCCAGAAGUAUUCUCUCCUGAUAUUUCUCCCACAUCUAUGGCAGGCAACCUCACAACCUGCCGUAGAUGUGGGCGUAGAUGGGAGUAGACCCUGUGUCUAAUAUCCAGGUUAUCUGCUUUGAGUUGGAUUAUAUGGCAGUGUAGACUCAUAUAAUCCAGUUCAAAGCAGAUCAUGUGGAUUAUCUGCUUUGAUAACCUGGAUUAUAUGGCAGUGUAGAAUGGGCCUAAGACUCCUGUCGUGCUCUGUUCUGUCUAGCAGAGUUUCAGCUUUCUUUUUUACUUGUCCAUUCCUCCCUCCUGUCUCAGUCUUACUUUUUUCUAAUUUCUUAAAACUCCAUUUUUAUAAAAUCGUAUAAAAUUCCUAUUUAUAAAAUUUCAUUCUCCGCAAUUGCAUGGAGGGACUCCCACCUCAUUGCUGCACUGGCCCCCCAUUUCCUCCCAGUUUUGGCUUCUUGCAUUCCUUGGCUACUAAGCAUUCUCUGCAACUAGCCCGGGUUUCUUUGGGGAAUACUGCUGAUAGGGGCAAAGGAUGUAUGGCUGGCCUUUCUUGUAAUGCGGGUUUUGUUCAUUUCUCCAAAGACUGAUAUGAAAUGGAUAUGAAUAUGCAAUGGUGCGGAGCGGGGUAGAGGGUGCCCAAGUGCCUGCUUCUUUAGGUGCCCACCGACCAGAACAGGGAGGGACACACUCAGAGCUUCACAAACAAAGCACAAAAUAUGCUGCAAGCAAACGCAUUACAAAAAAGUGUGGUCGGGAACAGUUUACAGGCCGUCGUGCAAGACUCUUUGUGAAACGUGUGUAACAAUCUUUGUUUGCAGAGGCCUCUAGUCUGUCACGCGUCUGUCUUAUACAAAUAAAGGGGCACUUUUUUGCACA